AUGUCUCCGAGCAUCCAUAAUUGUGUUACACAUAUUUUUUUUUUGCACCCCCCUCCAAAAGAUGUCAGCAUCCUACUGUCCUUGUUCUCCUGCUGGAACCCCGCAGUUCAGAGCGGCGGAAAACACCAAGUGAUCACCCCUCAAGAGUUGUCACAUGCAAAUAUGACAUGUCCGAAUAACAUAUCGCCCGGUAACUUCCUGAUGGAUUCCUUAAUGGGAGGAUCAUCUUCCUACAGGGCUGAGGGCUAUUCCAGCAACCCGGGAAUGUACAUUCAUUCAGCUGCAGAGUACGGAUACUCAGUGAUGAGGAACAUUGGGAAGGUUGGAUCAUCCCCACUCUCCAAAAGAGACGAAGUCCCUCCAGGCAACGUCUCGCUCGGCGGCUUCCAGGAUGCGCCCUACCUGUCAGCGCAGCUGGCCACAUGGACACCAGGCUCCAAAAGCAGCAGGGACGAGCAACCUGUUGCCCACCAGUGUUUACAGCCCUGCUCGUUUCCAGCGGGCAGCGUCAAAGUGGAGGCGUUUUGUUGCCUCUAUCAAGAUGACAGCAAUAAGGGGAAACAGACAACAGAGUCGGCCACUUACAUCCGGCUCGGAGACAAUAGCUGCCGGCGGCCUGAGCAGACUGCAGCCUCCUCCAGUGGCGGCUAUUUCCAGGUGUACGGCGGGGAGAGGCCACAGCAGAGCGAGCAGCAGCAGCAGCAGCAGCUGCCCUCCGGCUUUACUCUGACCCACUUGGCGUCAUCUGUUGAAACAACAGCAGAGUCGACAGUGAGCUGCAGCAAAAUCGCGCAGGAGGUAGCCAGAGAGGCUCCUAAAACAGAUGAGGGUGAGAGCAGGAAGGAAGACAAGGCCAAGAGUGACAGCUGCUCAGAUAACUCGGACGGGGAAAUUAAAGAUGAUUCAUCCGCGGAAAAGACAACGGGGAGCUGGUUAAAAGCCAAAAGUGGAAGGAAGAAGCGGUGUCCCUACACAAAGCACCAGACGCUGGAGCUGGAGAAGGAGUUCUUGUUCAACAUGUAUCUGUCUCGGGAGCGCCGCCUGGAGAUCAGCCGCAGUAUCAACCUGACCGACAGACAGGUCAAGAUCUGGUUCCAAAACAGACGCAUGAAGCUCAAGAAGCUCAACAGGGAGAGCCGGGAAAGGGAGCAGAGUGCAGUUUACAACUAUUCCUGAAGACUCUGUCAGCUUCAGGCGCGCUCACACACACUCUACAGGGGACCGUUUCAAAUAGACAUGCAUGCGUCAUUUUGUAAUGCUUUUAUCGGUUUUCUUUUUAUGUGCACACAAACACACACUUUAAGGGUGCCUUCUAAUGUGAAUAGAGGAGCUGCAACUUGCAGAGAGAGAGAGAAAAAAGAGAGAGAGACAAGAGAGAGAGAGAGAGAGAGAGAGAGAGAGAGAGAGAGAGAGAGAGAGAGAGAGAGAGAGAGAGAGAGAGAGAGAGAGAGAGAGAGAGAGAGAGGGAGAAUUGGAAGAUUGAGGUGCAAUUGUUUUGUGAAGCUGACUAUUGAGGCAGCCUCGGUCAGAUUAUAAAUUUACAGUGACACUUUGACACUGCUGAGCUGUUCAUGUUUCGUCACUUGUGUGCUGCUGCUGCUUCUUCGUUUUUGGUGUCUGUGGGAAUUUCGUGCUGUGUAACGUGCAUGCACAAGGUGACAUUAAGCUCUGUCAUGCUAAACGGUUCCAAACUAAUAAUAAAAAAGGAGGAUAAAAUGGAGAAGUACCACCAACUUUGUCCUUCCCCUGGCACACUGGGUUUGAAAAACGUGAGGGAGGGGAAGACGCUGCGGACGGGAAGAAGGAGAUCAUGGCAGUUUUAAUAGAAUUGAGAGACCAUAACGUUGAUUUAAAUAUUAUCCAGGUGACCACAGUAAGUCAAGGUCAUAAAAUUCUAAUGUCAGGUUCGCCCUGGAAAGCGUUGGGGGUGGAUUUUAUGAUCUGCAAAUAUAAUGUGCCGCAGCAGUAAAAGAUGCGUUUAAAGGUGUGUGUGCGUGCGUGUGUGUGUGUGUGCGGAGGAGGACUAAUCCACACGGCAAGGAGCCCCGUGCAAAGUGCAGCAAGCCAGCCGGGGUGCUGCGUGAACUGCAGGGAGCAGCAGGAACCACCGCCGCCGCCU